AUGGCCGAGCGGCUGUCGGAGGAGAAGAUCGCCGAAUUCAAGGAGGCUUUUUCCCUUUUCGACCGGGAUGGAGACGGUUGCAUCACCACAAAGGAGUUGGGCACCGUCAUGCGUUCGUUAGGGCAAAACCCCACCGAAGCGGAGCUGCAGGACAUGGUGGGGGAGGUGGACGCCGACGGCAGCGGCACCAUCGAUUUCCCCGAGUUCCUCUCGCUGAUGGCGAGGAAGAUGAGGGACACGGACAGCGAGGAAGAGAUCCGCGAGGCUUUCCGGGUCUUUGAUAAGGAUGGCAACGGCUACAUCAGUGCGGCAGAGCUGCGGCACGUCAUGACCAACCUGGGCGAGAAGCUGACGGACGAGGAGGUGGACGAGAUGAUCAAGGAGGCCGACUGCAACAACGACGGGCAGGUCAACUAUGAGGAGUUCGUGAGGAUGAUGACGGAGAAGUGACCCCCCCACACAUACUACCCAUCUCCAACCCCAUCCCCACAGGGAACAGAGGUUGUGGUGGUCCCCCAGCCCCUCCAUCCCCUACCGCCUUCUCUCCACCAUCCCAGGCUGGAAAAAUCCUCUUUUAUCCCAGAUGGAACAUCACCAGCCAGUGUCUGCGU